ACGAAAUCAAAACCGGUUUUGUUAGCUGUUACUGUAUAUAAUAUAAAACUACUGCCGUAGUAGGUAUUCUAGGUAUAGGUUAUACAAUCAUGUCAGUAUUCAUCAGUCGGCGGUUCUGUACUCAGCUUAACAAUGAAUAACAUCGGUUCGCUGGGUGUGACAUGGUUCACGUUUGCGUGCUGUUUGUUCUUCGCAAUUACAUACAACAGUCGCAAUGUGUACAGCUCGCAUGCCGCCAACGCGAAAGUUUACACGGAACAAGAUAGACAGUACUGGAUCGAAAACGCUAAGGAGAAGGUGACCGAGAAACUCAAGUACGUGAAUAAAAGAGGCGUCGCCAAAAAUAUAAUCAUGUUUCUGGGUGACGGUAUGUCGCUGACUACGUUGACGGCAUCGCGUAUCUACAAAGGUCAAAUGGAAAAACGUUCCGGUGAGAAUGAGUACUUGAGUUUCGAGAAAUUCCCAUUUGUUGGCAUGUCAAAGACUUACUGCGUGGAUAGGCAAGUGCCUGACUCGGCAUGUACGGCCACCGCUUACCUGUCAGGCGUGAAGACCAACUAUGAGAUGAUCGGGUUGUCGGCCUCAGUGAAGCUGAACGACUGUCCCGGGUCGGUGGCGCCCGGUAACCAGACACAGUCCCUAGCCGAUUGGUCUAUGGCUAAGGGUAAAGCUGUCGGACUGGUGACUACAACCCGUGUAACGCACGCAUCCCCCGCCGGAAUGUACGCGCACGCAGCAAAUCGGGAAUGGGAGUCGGAUGCUUACUUAGCAGAGGCGGCGAACCUAACUGACGUGACUCAAUGCGAGGACAUAGCCAAACAGCUAAUAACUAGAAGCCCCGGGAUAGACAUGAAGGUGAUAUUGGGUGGAGGUCGUGAAAUGUUUUUCCUUAAUAAUACAGAUCAUAAUGGAUCAAGAUCUGAUAUGGAUCUCGUACAAUUUUGGAAGAAAGAUAAAGCAAAACGUUUUGGAAAUGAUAAAUCAGCAUACGUUGAAAACAGAGAACAACUAUUAAAUGUUGACCCUUCUAAGACCGAUUAUUUAUUAGGUCUUUUCGAAGAAAGACAUAUGAAAUUUCAUUUGCAUGCGGACGCUAGAAUACAGCCCACUUUGACGGAAAUGACUAAAAAAGCCAUAGAAAUUUUAAAGAAAGAGAAAAAUGGAUUUUUCCUGUUCGUUGAGGGCGGACUUAUCGAUGCGGGGCACCACAAAACAAUGGCAAGAUUAGCGUUGGACGAGACGGUGGAGUUUUCCAAAGCUAUCCAACAGGCUGUCGACAUGACCAGUGAAGAUGACACACUGAUCGUCGUUACCUCCGAUCAUUCACAUACCAUGACAAUGGCAGGUUACCCAACGAGGGGCAACGAUGUUUUGAGUCUUUCGGGAUCACUUGGAUCCGAUAAUUUGCCGUACACUACGCUUAGCUAUGCUAAUGGUCCGAAAAAUCAUCAGUCCAAUGAGAAUUGCGCCCGUCAGGAUUUAUCCAAUGUUAACACAAAUGAUCCGUCGUUUACGUAUCCAAAUACGGUGCCAUUGAAAGACGAAACCCACGGAGGUGAAGACGUUAUGGUAUUCGCCCGGGGUCCUUGGGCCCAUCUGUUCUCUGGAAACUAUGAACAGAACCUUAUACCUCUGACGAUGGGAUUCGCGGCUGGUGUGGGACCGGCUGCCGGUCUGGAGAGUGGUCCAGCCGCGUUUACAUCUGCUGGACUUAGCGCCGCGGCCACCUCGUCGCCGCUCGCUAUACUCAUCAGUAUCUUACUGACGACAGCCGUUAUCCAGCGCGUUUGUUUGUAGACUAUACUUGAAACAUCCGUUUCUGAUUACAAUAAUAAUCUGUACAUUUUUUUCUAUGUAUAACAUAUGUCUUAACUAGUCACAAUGUGAUGGUGAAAUUUCAAUUUUUUAUUUAAUUUAUUUUUUUAUUUUUUAUUAUGCCAAAAGUCAUGAAGGUUUUGCUUUGACUUACUUUCAACAUUUUGAUAUUAUAUUUUUUCGUAAUUCUACACAACUCUACUCCGACCACAAUAAAUUCAAGUGAUACUAUCAACAUUUUUAUAUAAAUAAAUUGACAAAAUUAAUA